UGGUGCGCGCUGUGCCAGGCUGGGCGCCUGGCUCCCCGGGGCUCCCCAAGAUGCUGUUCUGGCACACGCAGCCCGAGCACUACAACCAGCACUCCACCGGCAGCUACCUGCGUGAUGUCCUUGCACUGCCGAUCUUCAAACAGGAGGAGCCCCAGCUGUCUCCUGAGAAUGACACCAAACUGCCUCCGUUUCAGUAUGUUCUCUGCACAGCCACAUCCCCUGCUGUAAAGCUGCAUGAAGAAACCCUUACCUAUCUCAACCAAGGUCAGUCUUAUGAAAUCCGUCUACUUGAGAAUAGGAAAUUGGGAGAGUUUCAAGAUUUAAACACAAAAUAUGUAAAGAGCAUCCUUCGGGUGGUUUUCCAUGAUCGGCGUCUGCAAUACACAGAACACCAGCAGCUGGAGGGCUGGAGAUGGAGCCGGCCUGGGGACCGCAUCCUUGAUAUAGAUAUCCCACUGUCAGUCGGUAUCUUAGAUCCCAGGGCCAGCCCGACCCAGCUAAACACUGUUGAAUUUCUGUGGGAUCCGUCCAAAAGAGCAUCUGCAUUCAUUCAGGUACAUUGUAUCAGCACAGAAUUUACGCCAAGGAAACAUGGUGGCGAGAAAGGGGUGCCCUUCAGGAUACAAAUCGACACAUUUAAACAGAAUGAGAAUGGCGAAUAUACCGAACACUUGCAUUCUGCAAGCUGCCAGAUCAAAGUGUUCAAGCCUAAGGGAGCUGACAGAAAGCAGAAAACUGACAGAGAGAAAAUGGAGAAGAAGACUGCCCAAGAGAAGGAGAAAUAUCAGUCCUCCUAUGAUACGACCAUUCUCACAGAGUGUUCUCCAUGGCCAGAUUUGCCUUAUCAAGUGAACAACGCUCCAUCUCCAAGUUACAACAGUUCUCCAAACAGCUUCAGCCUUGGAGAUGGCAACAGUUCUCCAACCCACCAAGUGGAGCUCCUGCCUCCCAGCAACGAUCACCUCCUUCCCUCUGCUUCUAUUCAAGAUGUCCAGCAGUGGCUUCAUCGUAAUAGGUUUUCUCCAUUCUGUAGACUCUUCUCAAGUUUCUCGGGUGCUGACUUACUGAAGAUGUCCAAAGAAGAUUUUGUUCAGAUCUGUGGGCCUGCUGAUGGAAUUCGGCUCUUUAAUGCAAUCAAAGGAAGAAACGUAAGGCCUAAAAUGACAAUUUAUGUCUGUCAAGAACCAGAGCAGAACAGGUCUCAUCUGCACCAAAAACGAGAGAAUGGAGAUGGUAAUCUGUGUGUAUAUCAUGCAGUCUUCUUGGAAGAGCUGACAACCCUGGAAUUAACUGAGAAGAUUGCAAACUUGUAUAGCAUUUCCCCACAGCAGAUAAAUCGGAUCUAUCGGCAAGGACCUACAGGGAUCCAUGUAUUAGUGAGCAAUGAGAUGGUGCAAAACUUCCAGGAUGAGUCUUGUUUUGUUAUCAGCACAUUAAAAGCUGAAAGCAACGAUGGCUACCACAUCAUUUUAAAAUGACCACUCGGCCUAGCAGGACUGUAACAGCCUAAAACUACAAUGCCUCACCAAGAUUGCUGCAACCCAGACUGGAAACAUGAAGAUCCAUUUGGAUAAAGCGCUCCCAUGAACUGAAAAAUACCAAAGGUCUUAAGGAAAAACAAACUUAAUAGACAAGUGGUUUUCUGAGAAUGGAGAUGAGAAUAUCUUCAGAGCGUCUGUGUAUUUUUCUACCCCUUCCCUCCUAUUUAGGCUUUUAAAUUGUUGAGGGUCCUGCUUAUUGCUCAGAUACAUCUGCCUUUUUCUAAAGGGAAAUGCAAAACGAAAAGCAAUUCUCAUGGCUGGAACUGGUUUAUCUACAGUGCCUUCUGAGUACUCUUGCGUUCAGCACCAGUCUCAUCUCAGAUACAAGCUCUUAUCCUCUUUCUAGACAGAGGACUAUGGGUGGGAUCCACAAACGGGUGUAGGUGUAACAACAUUGAGUGUCAUAGUGCCUAAAAAAUCCCUGGAACAACAUUGCGAGCCACAAAGCCAAUUUAGACACCUUGGCUCCCUGUACAAUGAAUGGGGAGAGAUAGGCACCUUUGACUGCGAUCCACAAAGUCAACACGCUGCAUGGAGGCACCUAUCUUGGCUAGUGAACCACAAACUGGAGGAACACAGGUGUUUGGCUGCCCGUGUGGGACCCAAAACAUAACAGCUGUGUGUGGGGGGGGGGGCAGGGGAGAAAGACCUCCCUUAUCGUUAGCCUGGUGGAAAGGGUACACUCACAGGAUGUGGGAGAUCCCCAGUGCAAGUGCCCCCCCCCCAUCCUAAGGGAUAGAAACAUGGAAGAUCCCUGUUCAGAUUCUCUCAGGUGAGGUCCCUACCCACCAGGCUAUGGAAAAUUCUGAGGUGUGGUUCCCUCAGUUUCUCCUAUUGAAGUUGUUCCAUUGUUUAAUUAAAGUGGAAUCUUUAGAUGCCUAAGUCUGUUUGUUUUCUGGCCCAAUUAAUAUUUAAGUAUCUGCGUGCAUCCCGUCCUGUGUUCCUAUAACCAGUCAGUUAUGGCUGUUUGUGAUUCACACUGCAUUGUUCUAUCUUUCCUCUUUAAAAAAAACAACCAACCAACACUUUCCUCUCCUUCUCAGUGCUCCUGGUGAGCAUUUCGUCCUGCUGCCUUCCCAUUCAAUUUGACAACACAGCAGAUACUGGGCUAAUUUCCAUUUUUGGUACCCUGCUAAGCUUUCUCUAGACCUCUUCUCCAGCUGCCCCCUCUCUUUUUUCACUCCGCUGUAGGACCUGCGUAGCUACAUCUGUUCCACUGUUGCUACUAGAGGUGAAUGUGUAUUGUUCCAUUUUAGCAUGCUGCCAGAAGGACUCCACAUGGAUGGAAAUGUACACACAUACAAUCCAA